ACCGGGCUUGAGAGGAUAAGGCCUGGCUCCUCGCCCUUUCCCGAGGCGCCUGCGCAUUAAGCGCCCGCUCUUGCCGUUACCGCUAUGUGUGGGGCGUGUGUAGAAUAACGUUAUUGCCCAGCGGAGCUGAGGGGCCUGGAGCUCGGCCGCGGCAGCAGCGACGACGACGACGACGACAGCGGCGACGACGACGACGGGGUGGGGGGAGGACGGCGUGCUAGCGACUCACGGGACGCAACGCGCCCCGCCUCCCCCGUCCGGUCCCUCUCUCAACGGUGAGGGGAUGACGUAGCUUUGCCAAAGACUUAGAAGCUAAGCAGAAAAUGAGCUUAACAUCCUGGUUUUUGGUGAGCAGUGGAGGCACUCGCCACAGGCUGCCACGAGAAAUGAUUUUUGUUGGAAGAGAUGACUGUGAGCUCAUGUUGCAGUCUCGCAGCGUGGAUAAGCAACAUGCUGUAAUCAAUUAUGAUGCCUCUACAGAUGAGCAUUUGGUGAAAGAUUUAGGCAGCCUAAAUGGGACAUUUGUGAAUGAUAUAAGGAUUCCAGAACAGAGUUAUAUUACCCUGAAACUUGAAGAUAAGCUGAGAUUUGGAUAUGAUACAAAUCUUUUUACUGUAGUAAGAGGAGAAAUGAGGGUCCCUGAAGAAGCCCUAAAGCAUGAGAAGUUUACCAUUCAGCUUCAGUUGUCCCAGAAAUCUUCAGAAUCAUCAGAAUUAUCAAAAUCUGCAAGUGCUAAAAGCAUAGAUUCAAAGGUGGCAGAUGCACCUACAGAAGUGCAACACAAGCCUACAGAAGCACUGAAAACUGAGGAAAAAGCCUCAGAUAUUUCUGCUAUGCCCCGUGGUACUCCAUUAUAUGGACAGCCAUCAUGGUGGGGGGAUGAUGAAGUGGAUGAAAAAAUAGACUUCAAGUCAAAUGGCAAAGCUGAAGAAAAAAAUCAUGAAACUGGAACAUCAGGGUGCAGCAUAGAUGCCAAGCAAGUUGAGGAACAGUCUGCAGCUGCAAAUGAAGAUGUACUUUUUCCUUUCUGUAGGGAACCAAGUUAUUUUGAAAUCCCUACAAAAGAAUUCCAGCAACCUUCACAAAUAACAGAGAGCACUAUUCAUGAAAUCCCAACAAAAGACACACCAAGUUCCCAUACAACAGGUGCAGGGCAUGCUUCAUUUACCAUUGAAUUUGAUGACAGUACCCCAGGGAAGGUAACUAUUAGAGACCAUGUGACAAAAUUUACUUCUGAUCAGCGCCACAAGUCAAAGAAGUCAUCUCCUGGAACUCAAGACUUGCCAGGAAUUCAAACAGGAAUGAUGGCUCCAGAAAACAAAGUAGCUGACUGGCUAGCACAAAACAACCCUCCUCAAAUGGUAUGGGAAAGAACAGAAGAGGAUUCCAAAAGUAUAAAAAGCGAUGUUCCAGUGUACUUGAAAAGGUUGAAAGGAAAUAAACAUGAUGAUGGUACACAAAGUGACUCAGAGAAUGCUGGGGCUCAUAGGCGCUGUAGCAAACGUGCAACUCUUGAGGAACACUUAAGGCGCCACCAUUCAGAACAGAAAAAGCUACAGAAGGUGCAGGCUCCUGAAAAGCAUCAAGACCAGGCUGUUGUAUUUGGAGUAGAUGACAAUCAGGAUUAUAAUAGACCUAUUAUCAAUGAAAAACAUAAAGACCUGAUAAAAGAGUGGGCUCUCAGUUCUGCUGCAGUAGUAAUGGAAGAAAGAAAACCACUGAGUACAUCUGUAUUUCACAACUCAGAGGAAGGCACAUCUUCAUCUGGAAGCAAACGUUGGGUUUCACAAUGGGCUAGUUUGGCUGCUAAUCAUACAAGACAUGAUCAAGAAGAAAGAAUAAUAGAAUUGUCUGUACCUGUUCCUUCAGAAAAUGAGGCAGACAUUGGUGAAUCUGGCAUUUCUCUGAGAAGAACUGGAUCUGUAGCUUCCUUGGCUGGGCAGGGAGAGAGAAGGAGACGAACUCUUCCCCAGCUUCCAAAUGAAGACAAGUCUCUUGAGAGCUCUAGAGCAAAGAUUAUAGCACAAAGGUCAGAAAUAGGUGAAAAGCAAGACACAGAACUGCAGGAGAAAGAAACACCAACAGGGGUACACCAGAAAGAUAAACAAGAUGCUGACAGAACCUUGAAUAAAGUGAAUAGAACAAUAAAUGGUGGAGAUAAUAAAAUCCUGCCUCACAUAGGCAACUCUACUCCUGGGAAGGAAAAGAGUGAACCUGAUAAGGAAGCUUCUUUAGUAAAGCAGACAUUAGCAAAAAUUCAGCAGCAACAAGAACAGAAGGAGCAGGCCCAGUGGACACCUGCUAAAUUAUCUUCAAAAAAUAUUUCAUGUCAGAUAGAUAAAUGCAGGGAGGAAACUUCUAAACAAGAGUCCCAACCUCCAGACAAAAUUCCAGGACAUUCUACAAGCAAAGGAGAAAGAGUAAUACAAAAUGAGAGCAAGAGAAGAAAAGCUGAGGAAAUUCUGAAAACUCAGACUUCAAAGGGAGGAGACAAGAAAGAAUCCUCCAAGUCAUUAGUGCGACAAGGGAGCUUCACUAUAGAAAAACCUAGCCCAAACAUACCUAUAGAACUUAUUCCUCAUAUAAAUAAACAGACUUCAUCUACUCCUCCUUCUUUAGCAUUAACAUCUGUAAGUAGACUACGAGAAAGAAGUGACUCUUUGGAUACUGAUUCUAGUAUGGACACAACUCUUAUUUUAAAAGACACAGAAGCAGUAAUGGCUUUUCUAGAAGCUAAAUUGCGUGAAGAUAAUAAGACUGAUGAAGGCCCAGAUACUCCCAGUUAUAAUAGAGACAAUUCUAUUUCACCAGAAUCUGAUGUGGAUACAGCUAGUACUAUCAGUCUGGUCACUGGAGAGACUGAAAGAAAGUCAACCCAAAAACGAAAGAGUUUCACUAGCCUCUAUAAAGAUAGGUGUUCCACAAGUUCUCCUUCCAAAGAUGUAACAAAAUCAUCAUCUUCGGGUGCUAGGGAGAAAAUAGAAAAAAAACCAAAAAGUCGUUCCUCAGAUGUAGGUUCAAGGUCAGAUGGUCGUAAAUUUGUACAAUCCAGUGGAAGAAUAAGGCAGCCUUCAGUAGAUUUAACAGAUGAUGACCAAACCUCAAGUGUACCUCAUUCUGCUAUCUCUGAUAUUAUGUCAUCUGAUCAGGAAACUUAUUCCUGUAAAUCUCAUGGAAGGACUCCACUUACCUCAACUGAUGAGCAUAUACAUUCCAAACUGGAAGGAGGUAAAGGAACAAAAUCUAAGACUUCUCCUGUAGCAUCUGGGUUAUCCAGUAAGUCAACUACUCUUCCAAGGCCACGACCUACCAGGACUUCCCUCUUGCGCAGAGCACGACUUGGUGAAGCUUCAGACAGUGAACUUGCUGAUGCUGACAAAGCAUCUGUUGCUUCUGAAGUAUCCACAACAAGUUCUACAUCCAAGCCACCCACAGGAAGGAGGAACAUUUCUAGGAUUGAUUUAUUGGCUCAGCCUCGUAGAACAAGGCUUGGUUCAUUAUCAGCUCGUAGUGAUUCUGAAGCUACAAUAUCUAGAAGUAGUGCCUCUUCACGUACUGCAGAAGCCAUCAUUAGAAGUGGAGCCAGAUUAGUACCAUCAGAUAAAUUUUCUCCUAGAAUUAGAGCUAACAGUAUCUCUCGACUAUCAGACUCCAAGGUCAAAAGUAUGACCUCAACUCAUGGCUCUCCUUCAGCCCUGAAAACCACUCGCUUGCAGAGCACUGGAUCAGCAAUGCCUACUAGUUCUUCAUUCAAGCACCGGAUUAAAGAACAGGAAGACUACAUCCGAGAUUGGACUGCUCAUCGAGAAGAAAUAGCUAGGAUCAGCCAAGAUCUUGCUCUCAUUGCUCGGGAGAUCAACGAUGUAGCAGGAGAGAUAGAUUCAGUGACUUCAUCAGGCACUGCCCCUAGUACCACAGUAAGCACUGCUGCCACCACCCCUGGCUCUGCCAUAGACACUAGAGAAGAGGUAGGAGAUCUUCAUGGAGAAAUGCAUAAGUUGGUUGAUCGUGUUUUUGAUGAAAGUCUCAACUUCCGAAAGAUCCCUCCAUUAGUUCAUUCUAAAACACCAGAAGGAAACAAUGGUCGAUCUAGUGAUCCGAAACCUCAAACAACAGAGCCUCCUGAUCAUCUAACAAUUACAAGACGGAGAACCUGGAGCAGGGAUGAAGUCAUGGGAGAUAAUCUGCUGCUGUCAUCUGUCUUUCAGUUCUCUAAAAAGAUAAGACAAUCUAUAGAUAAAACAGCUGGAAAAAUCAGAAUAUUAUUUAAAGACAAAGAUCGGAACUGGGAUGAAAUAGAAAGCAAAUUAAGAGCUGAAAGUGAGGUCCCUAUUGUGAAAACCUCAAGCAUGGAGAUUUCUUCUAUUUUACAGGAGCUGAAAAGAGUUGAAAAGCAGUUACAAGCAAUCAAUACUAUGAUUGACCCAGAUGGAACUUUGGAAGCUCUCAACAACUUGGGAUUUCCUAGUGCUAUCUUGCCAUCUCCACCGAAACAGAAAUCCAGUCCUGUGAAUAACCACAGCAGCCCGGGUCAGACACCAACACUUUGCCAGCCAGAAGCUAGGGUUCUUCUUCCUGCUGCUGCCUCAGUCUCAGCUGAAUUUGAGAAUGCCGAAUCUGAGGCUGAUUUCAGUAUACAUUUCAAUAGGUUCAACCCUGAUGGGGAAGAGGAAGAUAUUACAGUACAUGAAUGACUUUCUCUUGAUUGUUAAAACAAUUACCUGUGGAAUGUCUAGGAAUUAUUGGAAGCAGCAUAGUAUUGACAUACAAAACAAGACAAUUUGGUCAACUACAAUCUUGUCAUCCCUGUCUUCUUAAUUUUAUUUAUUUUUUUACCUAAAAUGAAGCGUCAUAGUAGUGCUUUCAAACCAUUUAGAUAACCACUUGAUGCACAUAUAGGGAAAAGCAGAUUGUGGCAAAUUUACCUUUUGUGGUUUUAUGAUUUUCAAAUUGAAUUAUUGCAUCCUUUCCCUUCAUAGAUCUUUGUUUUUUUUUUAAGCCAUGCUGUGACCUACAAGCAAACUAAAUAUCCCCCUGACUCCUGUGCCAAGCUGCUCCCUGAAAUGGACUUCCUCUUCAUCUGUACAGAUUUGUUAAACAUUCUAUUUGCUUCUUAAUGUUAGGUUUAUAUUAGUACUCAUUACCAUUGGACCCAAUGACAUUGUUCUCCACAGUAAAGCAGACCUUUUACAACUGUCAUUCUGUGUCCUAAAAUUUUCCAGCAUAGAUGUGAUUUAUAUAACUUUGUUGCUACAUAACUUGUCUUGGGGUUUAUGGAGAUUAACCAUUAUGUUUGCACUAAGAUUUACUGGGAGUGGUAGGUGGACAUAUCUAUAUCAAUAAGGACUAACCGUCUUUUAUGUACAUAGGAAAUUGAUAAUACUGUAUUUGUUUUAACCCCACAGUGUUUUACUCCACUUUCAAAAAGAUCAAUUUGGCACUUUUUUUCAAUUUUUUAAAUGGAAAUAAGAUUUUGUCCUCUCAUUUUAGAUUAAAUGAUAACUAGAAAGAUUAAACUAGACAGAUAGUUUAGGUGGAGUAUAUUUUUAAAACUAAGAACAUGUAUAUCGGUCCUGUGCUACCAAGUUUAUAUGUGACAGUUGAAAAAAAUUCCCCCUGAAAUAAUCAUGAGGUUAAAAUUUUCUUCAUUAGGAAACUUGGAGAAUCAGUAGUUGUAAGAUUAGUUGAUAGUUUCACUCCCAAGCAAUGAAUUGCUUCUGUGUGUUUCCCUGUAGGACCCAAUAGUAAAUCCUGUCUCAGUUUUAAAACACAUUUAUGAAGACCCUGAAAGACAACGAUGACAAAGGCUUUUGGCUUAUGCUACUAAAUAGAAAGCCUAUGAAAAAUAUCUUCGAUAAACUUUUUAUUUUUUUUCUUUCCUUCCAGUAAGUUCACAUUUGGGUGACUUUAAAAAUAAAGUAAUUAUCUUUGUGUUUCCAGAACACUAUAAUUUGGGUGAAUCUUAGUUAAAUAUUUUUAGACCGGGAUUUCCCCCUUGAUUCCAACAGCCCCUAAAGGUUAAACUGUAACUUUUGUGAAAUAGUCUUUAAUUUUAAUUUCAGCAAUAACCUGUUCUACCUUAUUUAAAGAAACAAAGUAAUUGUGUACUUCAGAACUUUAUAGGAUUUUAAAAAUCCUGUACUAUUGGAUCAAUUAAUAAAAAGGCAGAGUCUUUUUGUAGAGUUGUAAAAACAAUUCUGUUGUAUACUGGAUUUCAUGUUUUUAUUUAAACAAACAAAAGAUAAAGAACUCCUUGUAAAGCUAAUUUCCCAUUGUAUCUAAUAAAGGAAGACUAAAAAAGGUUUUAAAGUACAUAAAAGGAAAGAUAAAAAUGCACUAAAGGAAUAAAUAAAACGUUCAAACAGGGUCAGUCCAUUUGAAGAAAAAAGUUGAACAAAAUAAUCAUCAUUGCUCCCUCUUUUGUUUAAUGUUUGGGUACUGAUCAUAUCCACAUGGAAGUAGAAGGUAAGGAGUUAGAAAAUUUAGCAUUUACUCUACUUACGUUAUUGUUUGUUUAUACAGUUUUGUUUAAUUAUAAACAUUUGGCCUUUUACUAUGUUAUUUUUAUUUUGUAUGAAUACAUUAUUCUCCUUAUUUAUUUUUGUUACAUUUAUUACUUAUGUUAUUUUGUUAAGCAUUUACAAUUCCAUUUUUAAAUAAAGUGUUUCUGGAACUUUA